UGUGAAGCAGACUUCAUUGUUUUCUAUGAAAGAUUCAUAAAGUACUAAAGUGACAGCAAUGUUCACACAGAACGAGUUUUUUCAAUGAUGACCUCAGCUUGGAGAAACGAGAGAAACCGUCUGCAAGCAGAACUCCAAAUCUGUAACAACUUCUUAGAAGAGUGGCCCAGCCACGUACAAAAAGCUCCUGGCCAACAGAAAACUCCUGGAGAUGGCAAGUAAAGGGCAGAAAUACAAAAACUAGACAUCCAUACCCAGCAGUCCACGGUAGGCCUAAGUAGGCUACUUCCUUUAGUUUGUGAAUAACAAUGAGAAGAGGAAAUGUGUUGGGUGAUGGGGGUCCUUAAUGAUGGACACCGCUCCUCGAUACCACGGAGGCCUGUGCCCAAGGUUCCACACAUGAGGCUGCUUAACAAGACCGACCACCCUUCACUGGCCGAGGAGAGCCCUGUCCAUGCUGUGAUGGAUCCCAGGAUGGGAGAGAGAGUGGGGAUUUUACUCUGGGCGCUGCUGUUCCUGGGGGGGGUGGGAGCCAUCUGCCAGACGGGCAGUGCCAGCGAAUGCCAAAGUGCGACCCCGGUACCAGGGUCCAGUCUGGCUGGAGAGGGUUUCGAUGUGGUGACACUGUCACGCAAGGGGGCAUACGUGGUGAACGUGGAGAGUUGGAGUCGUCGGGAUGGGGCCUGCACUCUCUGCAGGAACUCACUGAUGGGGGGUAGGCGGCAGCGGCUCCCCCUGGCCGCAGUAGACUGGCGGGCUCUGCGUAAUUGUCCCCGGGCUGUUUCCAGUCAGCUCUUCCACUCGCUCUCUGAGCUCAUAAAGUCAAUCGGCUCCAGUGUGGACAACAGCUGGAGCACUGGCCUAAAUCUACCCACCCAGCACUCGCAGUCAAUCGGUUCCAAAUCCAAGGUCAUGUCUUUUGCCAUGCGGAAGGCCAAAUCAGAUCGCUACAGCUUCGCUAAACAUGAGUUCCGUUGCCGUCUUUACCGCUACCGCCUGAAGGACCAACCCCCCCUGGCACCCCAGUUCUCUGCCCGUCUGAACCAGAUCACUAGCACUUCCUAUGAGGGAGCCCGGCACCACUACCGCCAACUAGUGCAGACUUUUGGAACUCAUUUCAUUCACUCGGUCGAUAUGGGCGGCUCCUUCCGGGAUGUGACAGCCAUUCGCACCUGCCAAGCUGCUGUGGAGGGCAUCACCCCCGAGCAGGUGAAGGACUGCCUGGGGAUAGAGGCCAGUUAUCAGGUGGUGGCGAUGGGCAAGGGCAGAGCUGGCACAGGAUUCUGUAAGAAGAAGGCUUGGUCCCUGAACCAGGCCAGAAGCUUCCACCAGGCCUUCAACGAAAGGCUGACAGAAGCCGUGGGAGGUCAUUCCAGUGGUGACACAGACAUCCUCUUUUCUUCUGACCCUGCCAGCUUCACCCGAUGGCUGAAGAGCCUGAAGGUCUCACCAGGUAUCAUAAAAUACCAGCUGGCCCCUCUCCAUCUCCUGCUACCUAGCACUGACCGCCGCCGGAACCAGCUGAGGCUCUACCUCAGCGAGUACAUUUUGGCCAACGCCAUGAAACGGGACUGCUCCAAAACCACCUGUCCCGCCCCUGGGAGCAGAAGCAGCUCCGAUCCCUGUUCCUGCCAAUGUCAGGAGAGCUUCUGGGUAGACCGUCACUGCUGCGCCAAGCAGAAGGGCAUGGGGCACCUGGUUGUCACUGUCAAGAGAGGCUUCGGUCUCUGGGGUGACUACACAACCGGCACUGAUGGUUUUGUGGUGGUCUCCUAUGGUAAGGCCAAAGGUCAGACCAGGGUGGUGAACAACAACAACAACCCUAUCUGGAACACCAAACUUGACCUGGGGAAGGUGGUUGCCCAGAGCACCGUGAAACUCACCCUGGAUGUCUAUGAUGAAGAUGUCCUGAGGAAUGACCAUCUGGGGAGCUGCAAGGUGCCUUUGAUCUCUGGUGUCACUGAUCUUACCUGCCACCUUAAGUAUGGCAGGGUCACCUACCAAUUGUCGUUCACCUGUGGCCUCCACUUGCAGGGUCGCCAUUGCCGCCAGUAUGCCCCGAGUCCAGGAGCCCGUGGGUUCACCGGGCUCCUGUGGACCAACCACUCCUCCCACUCGUCUGACUCCCCCACCGCCCUUCCUUCAGGGAAUGCCCUCCUCAAAGUUAUCUACCCCUAACCCUUCACCUCUCACCAACCUCACUCCUAGGCCCAAUGCUGCUUUCCAUCCCCCCAGUCCUGCUAUCAUACCACCCCUCCCCUCUUUCCCUCUCCCCCUGUUCAUCAUUCCCAUUGCCCAGAUAUUUUUCCCCCUAUUCUCCAUGACCCUGUACCCAUCAUCCUCUGUGUCUCAUCAGUCCCAUUGCCCUGACCUUUCCCCUCUUGCCCACUCUGGCCCAAGGAACAAUUCUCUCCAGGACUCCUUCCUCACAUCCAUUCCCAUGAUCCUCUGUUGCCAAGGUCACCUUGUCUUCAGUCCAAUCUCCCGACCUUUGCACUAUCACCCUUAAUAGUCCAGGUCACAAUAUCCCACACUCCCACCAGUCCCAGGCUCAGCCUCUCAGUGAGAGACCCCACAUAACACUGACACUUUCCCAAUUCCUCGGAUUCUCUGGGCACUAGGAAUUCCUAGUGGGAAUGGGAGUCCCAGCUUGCCUGACUGCACCAAGCUUUCAGUCACUGGUGUUUGGGGGCUGGGGAAGGGUACAGGGUGGGAAGGCCAUUGAGGAACCAACCACUCUGUAUUUGUCAUAUCGCUACUGUAUCACCCCAGUGGAAACCCCCCUCGCCCGAACAAAGACCUGUGUUGGAGGGAAGGUGCCCCAACCAGCUUGCCAAACUGCAGGCAGCUUAAUGGCUUGAGCGUAACGUCAUUUACAGAUCCACUUGGCCCGUGCGGGAGGUGACUCAUAGGCUCCAUUUCCCACAAUCCGGUUGCUGACAGGGACCAACUGGAGAGUCUCCGGCUGACCUGUGUCCCAGGAUGGGUGGAUUGUGUCGGAGCACGAGCAUCAUCACAGGAACAUCGUGCGCCUCCCUGUGCACGAGCAGCUUUGCAAAGCGAUGUUUUGGAGACAGACAAGAUUGUUUGAUUGCCUCUUGCCCUCUUUGUACCACUUGUGUUUUUGCAAUAAAC